CCACGCCACUUCCCUCCCGUCCCGUCUCGUUCUCGUCGCACCUCGCCCCGCAGGGAAGGGGGUGCGCGCUCGCUCGAUCCGUGCGCGCCAGCCAGCGCCAUGGCCUCGGACCAACAGGCCCUCUCGGUCCCGGUCCCCGUCCCCGUCCCGUCCAACCCUAACCCGAGCGCACUAGCCGACCCGACCCCGCCCUCGGCCUCCGCCCCGCGCAAGCUCCCUAUCAAGCGCCGGUCCCCGCGGCCGUCGUCCUCGCCCCCAUCCUCCUCUCCGGACUCCUCCGACCCGCUCCGCGCGCCCGCGGCCGGCGGCGGUGGCGGCGGAUCUGACAAGCAGCAGCAGCCGCCCUUCAAGUUCCAGCGCAUCUGGUCCGAGUCCGACGAGCUCCGCUUCCUGCAGGGCCUCCUCGGCUGCGGCGCGCAGGGCCUCGUCUUCCCACGCGACCUCAACGUCUUCUACGACCGCUUCUCCGAGUCCAUGCCCCAGCCCUACACCCGCGCCCAGCUCUCCGAGAAGCUCCGCCGCCUCAAGAACAAGUUCCGCAGCAUGUCCGCGCGCGUCGCGGAGGGCCUAGACCCGGCUCGCCUUGCGCCGCACGACCGCGACGUGCUCCACCUCUGCUCCAGGCUGUGGGACCCCGCCAACGCCGCCACGUCGCCCUUCGUGGCCAGCGCCGGAACGUCCGGGAACAAGCGCCGCCGCGCCAACCUGCAGGGCACGUCACUCCCUCCCCCAGACGCGUCUGGGGAUAGCAACUCCCAUGACUACAAUGGGAUUAACUCCUCUGCUCCCUGUUUGUUUCCGGAUGGUUCCAAUGGCGAGGAUAUGUUUUACCUUGAGCAAGAACCUGGGCACCUGGGCGACCAUGAAGGUGCUGCUCCGGUAGCAGAUAGCAGAUUCGGUGUUAUUGUGCAGGAGCAGGGUGUUAUUGUGCAUGAGCAGGGUGAGGCCGUGGGUACUCUCCCAAAUGGGAACAAUGGAAUUGGCAAUGAGAUGAAUGUGGAGUGUAAAAUGGUGGUGCCGUGCAGCAACGAGCAUCGAAUGGCGAAUGCUGUCCUAGAUGUGUUUGAGGAAUGCCUGAGGGAGGCAAAGAGUAAUGGGGUUAUCAAUGGUGGCAAUGUGGACGGGAGUGGUGAGGAAAGCGAGCUCUCCAAGCGGUGGAGAGCGCAGAGGAUGGAUGAGCUUGAUGUCUUAAGCCGGAGGCUGAGGUUGCUGGUUGAGUAUGCUGCGGCGGCUGGGCAGUGAAGCAGAGAUUUUGGUGGUUUUGGUGAUGUUCCUGCCACCCUUUUCCCCUUUUGUAUAGAAGCUAGGUUCCUGUGCUAUGCUUUGGAAUGUAUUCCUCAGCUGGACCCUUGCCUUUAGAAAGCUUACUAUAUUUAACUAUGUACCCUUGAGUUUAAUAACUCGAGCAGCAUAAUAAUCUAUAAUUUUAACGCUGUUAUUUGCAUGGGUUCCUGCUGUUUGAUAUAGAUGAUAGCCUUGUUAAUGUAGCUUCAGGCUUUCAAAUUUCCUCUUUUUCAAUUAGAAGCUGUUGUACUUGUAACUUGUAAGCUGUGAGAGAGUAAUAUUAUGUUUCCUUGUU